AUGAGCUGGCUCUCCAGUGUUUUGAGAGACACACUAUGGAAUCAGAUGCUGGACCAGAUCUCCGUGUCUGAGUUCAUCGCCCAGACCACCGAGGACUAUAACUCGCCCUCUACCUCCAGCUUCACCUCGCGGCUGCACAGCUGCAGGAACACCGUGACGCUGCUGGAGGAGGCGCUAGACCAAGAUAGAACAGCUUUACAGAAGGUGAAGAAGUCUGUGACAGCCAUCUGCAACUCUGGUCAAGACCAUGUACAAAAUGAAGAAAACUAUGCCCAAGUUCUGAACAAGUUCGGGAGUAAUUUUUUAAGUGGAGACAACCCGGAGCUUGGCACUGCUUUCGUCCAAUGUUCGACUCUUACAAAGGAACUGUCCGCCCUGCGGAAAACUCUGCUUCAGGAGCUGAGCCACAACGUGCUCUUCACCUUGGACUCCCUGGUGAAUGGAGACCUCAAGGGAGUCAAAGGAGAUCUCAAGAAGCCAUUCGACAAAGCUUGGAAAGAUUAUGAGACAAAGUUCACCAAAAUUGAGAAGGAGAAGAGAGAGCAUGUGCAGCAGCACGGGAUGACCCGCACGGAGAUCACGGGGCGGAGAUCACAGAGGCUACGGAGAAGGAGCUGCGCCUCUUCCAGCUGCAGAUGUGUAUUUCCUCAGAGUCAACAAGAUCAAGACCAAAAAGGGCGUGGACCUGAUGCAGAAUCUCAUCAAGUACUACCACGCCCAGUGCAAUUUCUUUCAAGGUGGCUUGAAAACAGCUGA